AUGGUUGUCAUUAUUGCGUCUCUGUUCUUACCAUUUCAACCACAGUUCGAGGUGUGUGGAUCCGACGCUGAUACAGCUGCCCUUCUCGAACAUGACGCUGUCAAGGUUCCACAAGCGAACCCCUCUGGUCCUGGGCCAAUGGAAAACGCUGAUCCGCUACGCCGGAACAGAACCAGCUCUGUGCACUCGAACUCGCCCUUCUCUAACCCUGAAAGUGGGAUUGCAUCGGCAGAAGUCGCGGAUCACCAUUUUCCACCAGGAUUACGGGAGAGCGAGUCUGGUGCCCGAUUGGCCAGCCCCGGCAUGUCGUCUGAGAUGUUCAUGGAGAAUUUGACUGCCAACGCUGUCAAUACGGGGGCUGGUGGAACUCCGGCCAACCCUGUCCAUAACCAGGGAAACACUUCAGUCGAGGAGUUUUUUAACUCACAUCCAGGAGGUUCAAUGCAGGCGUUUUUCAAUCACAGCUCUUUGUCUAGCAGGAACUUCUCCACCACUUCGACACCCGGAGGAGAGAUUUUCAGUCCAAUUCCGCAGCACGAUUCUACUGCCAAUUUGCUGAAGAAUGUCAACAAGUCUCUGUACCAAAACAUGAUCGGGUCCAGUGGCAGUCCUGUUGCAGCGGCCGCGUUCGAAGGUAAAAGUCAUCCACAAGCCUCCCAACCCUCCAGUACGGUCAUCACGCCAAAGUCAAGAGAAGUACCAGACUUAAGUUCCAGUGUUGUGGACUUGCCAAAAGCAAAGCAGCAGCAUCAACAGCAACAGUACUCUCUACCUGCCAUGAGACGAGUUCACCGGAAAUCAUCUGGCGCGUCAGCUCCUUUGACUUCUGAUGUAAGGGAAAACAGAGCCACUCCACACCAUCAACAUCAUUCGAGACCCCCACCUCGCACCCAAGAGUCAAACCUUCGGGUACCCUCGACUCUGAAGAAUGAGGUCAUCGAGGAAAGCGACAGCGAUCAUUUCAACUCCGACGACGACGCAGAGGAAAAGGCAUUCAUUCCUGAAUUUGGUGGAUUUUCUACAGAUCCCAAAGCUAGGGCUAGUGUGUUGCUAGGAUCUAAGAACAUUUUUGCUCAAGUACCAUGGAAAAUCGUUCCCUCUGGAAAAGGCAAUGGCGGAUUAAAAAAUGCUGUCUCGACCGCAGCGGUCGAGAAGACCAUAGAAGAGCCCGUCAGAUGGGUAGGAACCAUGAGUAUUCCGACUGAUAGCAUUCCUGAGGAUGUUCUGCAAAAAGUGUGUGCUGAGUUGGGCAAUAGUUAUGAUUGUGCUCCAGUCAUCUCCGAUGAUAUCACAUUCAAAGUCGCUUACAAGAACUUUUGUAAGCAGAUUGUAUGGCCAACAUUACACUAUCAGAUUCCCGAUAAUCCCAAUUCCAAAGCUUUUGAGGAUCAUUCGUGGAAUUUUUACCAGGAUUUGAAUCAACUGUUUGCAGACAAAAUUGUGCAAACUUACAAGGAUGGUGACACUAUCUGGGUUCAUGACUAUCACUUGAUGCUGGUUCCAGGUAUGGUCAGAGCUAAGUUGCCACAUGCCAAGAUUAGCUUCUUUUUGCAUGUCUCAUUUCCCAGCAGUGAGGUGUUCAGAUGUUUUGCACAGAGGGAUAAGAUAUUGAACGGAAUUGUAGGUGCUAAUUACGUCGGCUUUCAAACUGAAGAAUACGCCCGUCAUUUUUUACAAACGACUAAUAGGCUGCUAAUGACAGACGUUGACAGCAAAACUUUGAAGUAUAAGGGUCGCAUUAUACAAGUGGGUAGUGCGCCAAUUGGUGUUGACACUUUUAUGUUAGAAGCUCAAUUGAGGUCAGAUGACGUCGAAAAUUGGCGUCAACUAAUUCGUAGCAGAUGGGCUGGUAAGAAACUGAUUGUUGGCCGUGACCAGUUCGACCGCAUAAGGGGUCUGAAGAAGAAGCUGUUAGCCUACGAAAGAUUUUUACGUGCCAAUCCAGAGUAUGUUACGCAGGUCGUUUUGAUUCAGAUCUGUUUAGGAUCAGACAAAGAUCAAGAAAUGGAGCGGGAGAUCAUGAUAGUUAUCGAUCGUAUAAAUGCGUUAUCACCGGAUAUUAGCGUCUCACAACCUGUGGUAUUUUUGCAUCAAGACAUCGAUUUUGCUCAAUAUUUGGCAUUGAAUUCAGAGGCCGAUCUAUUCUUGGUGACCACCAUGAGAGAAGGUAUGAAUUUGACUUGUCAUGAAUUCAUCAUUUCGUCGCGAGAGCGUAAUGCACCUUUAGUCUUGUCUGAGUUUACUGGUAGUGCAUACAUUUUGAAGGAUGGUGCCUUCCUCGUCAAUCCUUGGAAUGUGAAACAAGUAGCCCAGACAAUCAAGCGUGCUCUAGAAUUACCAUCUGAGGACAAAAGACGUCGUUGGAAGCGGCUAUUCAAAAGUAUAAUGAAAAAUGAUUCAGAUUCGUGGGUCCAAAGCUGUUUGGGCAGCACCGCGUCCGCGUGGGACUUCGAACGAGAAAGAUCAACCGUGUUCAACUUGUCUUUCGAUACUAUGCUCUCAAGCUACAAUGCCUCCAAAAAACGUCUGUUCAUUCUCAAAAUUUCAGAGCCUCCUACCCCGCGGGUCCUAUCGAUUUUGACCGACCUUUCCGUAAACAGUAUUGUCUACGUCUUCAGUUCUUUUUCAAGAACUACCAUGGAAAGGCUAUACACACGAACCACGCACGUCGGACUGAUAGCUGAAAAUGGUGCAUACGUUAGACUCAAUGGACACUGGUUCAGUAUCGUUGAGAAUAACUCGUGGAAGGAUGAUAUUGUGAGGGUAAUAGAAGAUAAAGUCGAAAGGCUUCCUGGCUCGUACUACAAGGAAGGGGAAUCGAUGAUCCGUUUCCAUACCGAAAACGCUGAGGAUAAAGAUCGUGUAUCAGGCGUAGUAGGGGAAGCAAUAACUCAUGUCAACACUUUAUUCGGUGACAAAGGUAUUCAUGCAUACUUGCAUAAAAACGUCGUCUUUGUGCAACAAGUUGGACUUGCUUUGAAAGCCCUCCACUUCCUCCUUGCGUACUUCAAUUCUGUGAACACUACUGCCAAUUCGACUCCUCAACAUUCCGUCGAAAACUCGCCCUUGUUGAGUCCUAUCAUGGGAUCUUCUGCUGCUCAUGGAAUACUUUCUCCUAAUGCACAACCAACAGGUAACUCUUAUUUUGCAAUGGGUCGUUCUACAUCUCACAUUGACUUCUUAUCGGUCACCGGUUCUACCUCCCCAGUGAUCGAGCCGAUGUUUGAAUAUGUCAACGAACUUGCCAAGAGUAGGACUCUCAAGGCAGGAUACAGUGUUGUGUACGGCGUCUCUUUGUCAACGUAUGCUAAAGAGCACAUUGAAGGGUUGAACGAGUUAUUGUCGAUGCUCGAAAAGCUUAACAAGACUCAGUUGAAGUAA